UUCCUUGACUUGAUAACCAUUUUUGUUCGGCCGAAGAAGCGUUAAAUAACACGAUGAAAAUUCCACGUGUCAAUCAUCCUCCGUAGUCAAACUGUCUGAGCGUCGGAGUUCAGAAAAGCGAGGGUCAGAAUUCACAAUGCAAACAAAAAAUGAAAUAACCAAAUCAAUCAGAAACAACUCUCUCUCUCUCUCUUAUGAUGAAGAAGAAGAAGAACAGAAUAGCGAUGACAACAACAAUCAAUUCCUCCUCCAUAAAAUCACCAUGAGGAAAAGGUUGAGUGAGUCGUUGUUGGUGAUUGCGAAUGACGAACUUCACAGAAAACAACAAUGGGAGCUCUUCCUCUUCACCAACACCUUCUGAAGUGCCUCGAGAUUUUGAUGUUUUUGAAGAUUUCUAUGCCAAUGGAAAUUGGAGUCCAAACAACGGUGAUAUCGGGGUUGAGGUUGAUAAUCACAGCUCUUCUGAGGAUGAAAAAGAGUUCAAUCCAAUUGAUCAGGGUGAGGAGUCUCGAUCGGUUGUAAAAUGUUCUUUAUGUGAUUUUGACAUCAAUGUUUCUGCACUUCGUGACCAUCCGAAAUAUCAGACAUGCGACUCAUAUACUAUGAUUUGUCCUGUGUGUGAUGAACAUUCAAGCUUGCGAAGCCAACGAAAGCGGGCCAGGUACUCUAGGAAUCUGAAGAAAUAUAGUGCCUUGAAUGUUGAUUUGACAUUGAAUGACAAGAAACCAGCUCCCAGGGAAAAUAAACAUGAACCAUUGUCACCAUGUAAGAACAAUGUGUACCUUUCAAGCUCUGAUGAUUUCUUCUCAGAUGAAGAUACCAUCAGCAGUGCCUCCGACGCUACUUUUGUUGCAAAAAGCGAUGGGGAGGCAGAUGCACCAAAUACUGGCGGCAAUGAACAGGAUGUUGAAGAGAGAAGUAACAAGACUGCAUUUGCUCUAGAGUUGGUUAUGUCAGCUUUAUUCAAAGAAUAAUAGAAUAGAUAGAUAAUAAUGCACUGCAAGGAACUAUUUAAUUACAUUUUCAUAUAGUUUUGAUGAUUGUAAAAAUUAUAGGCAUUUGUUUUAUUCUGGUGGAUGAGUUAUUAUAUAGGAUAGUUACAAAUCUUUAAUAUUGGAGGGUGAGGGUGGGGUUUUAUUUUAGAAUGAAUAGAACAAAAAUGUUUGGAUAUUAAAA